CUGUGAGCCUGGCAGAGAGGGACGUAAACAGCUAGCAUCUUGUCUCUCCAGAUACGUACACACGCACGCGCACGCGCGCGCACCCGGUGCCGGGGCACGAGGUGAGGUCAGCUGACAGGGUCCGUCGGUCCUGAUGGUCACGUGAUGACGAGGCGAUGACGAGGAUGAUGUUCACAUUCCAGGUGGAAUGUCAGUGAGUACAUGUACUCAGGUACUUUACCUGAGUACAUGUACUUUAAGGUCCUCAGGAGAAGAGGAAACCCUGCUACUUCCUGUCAGCAGGAGAGAAGAAGGAGGAGUUUAUUCUGAUUAUCAUUUAAUUCGUCAGACGACUGUCGGCCAUGUUUAAACUCCGAUAGGUGCGUUUGAUUCAGAGCCCACGUCAUGGCGGAGUCCGCCUCGCCCACUCUGGUGGUGGAGCACAACAAAGUGGAGCCUCCUCCUCCCGCGGUGGGCGUGUCCAAAGAACUGAUCCGGACCAAUCCGGAGGUCCCGAGCAACGGCACCGCCGGCGGUCCUCUUCCCGCCACACUCCUGGAUGAGGAGGAGGAGAAGAAGAAGAAGAAGGAGGAGGAGGAGGAGCAGGAGGAGCAGGAGGAGGAGGAGGAGGAGGAGGAGGCCACGCCGCCGGAUUCGUCCUCACUGUCGUCUGAAAACAGGACGAUAACCGCCGUCACCACAGAAGAAGAAUCUCUGUCGCUUCUACUUGGACACGUCGAGACUGGAGGAGGACAGGACCGAGGAGCAGAGCCAGGUCUAGACCAGGACCAGGACCUGGAGGAGAGCUCCUCCGUGGUCGGCGGCUCCACCGACUCCGCGUCCUUCUCCCUCCCCAGUCUGGAGCUCUCCAACGGGGCCGCGGCAGCAGGAAACUCCCUGGACGUGGAGGACGGUCUGGGGGGGCGCGGCUGCUCCCCGUCCACCGAGGUCCCGGGUCUGAAGGACCAGGACCCGCCGGAAGCUGCUGGUGGUGCUGUGGCCCCUCCCACUCCUGGUGGCUCCGGCUCCACGGCGGCUCCGGGGGCGGGGCCGUCCAUGCCGGCCUACUAUCUCGUGAAGUGGAUCACCUGGAAGGAGAAGAAGACCCCCAUUGUCACGCAGAGCGAGAACGGACCCUGCCCCCUGCUGGCCAUCAUGAACACGCUGUUCCUGCGCUGGAAGGCUAAACUCCCGGCUCAGACGGAAGUCGUCACCACGGAGGACCUGAUGGCUCACCUGGGAGAGUGUGUGUUGUCUGUUACACCCAGAGAGAAGGCUGAAGGGAUGGAGCUCAACUUCCAACAGAACAUGAGCGAUGCCAUGGCCGUGCUCCCCAAACUCUCAACAGGUCUGGACGUUAACGUGCGUUUCACUGGAGUGACGGACUUUGAGUACACGCCUGAAUGCAUCGUGUUCGACCUGCUCAACAUCCCGCUGUUUCACGGCUGGCUGGUCGACCCACAGAGUCCAGAGAUGGAGGCUUCUGUUGGGAAACUGAGCUACAACCAGCUGGUGGAAAAAAUCAUCGACUACAAACACUCAGCGGACAGCUGCAGAGUCAGUGAAGGUCUGGUGGCGGAACAGUUCCUGGAGUCCACGGCGACCCAGCUGUCGUAUCACGGUUUGUGUGAACUCAACACGACGGCUUCAGAAGGAGAAAUCUCUGUGUUCUUCAGAAACAACCACUUCAGUACCAUGAUCAAACACCAGGGCCACCUGUACCUGCUGGUGACGGACCAGGGCUUCCUUCAGGAGGAGGGUUUGGUCUGGGAGUCGCUUCAUAAUGUCGAAGGAGACGGAAACUUCUGUGAUUCCGACUUCAGACUGUGUCAUCCUCCUCAGAGAGCUCCGCCCACCACCAGCCUGCCUCCCAGUGCCCAGGAGCAGCAGAGGCAGAUAGACCAGGACUACCUGGUGGCGGUGUCCCUGCAGCAGCAGCAGGGCGGGGCCCCAGGGCCCCUCAGUGACCUGGAGUUGGCCCAACAGCUCCAACAGGAGGAAUACCAGCAACAACAACAACAACAACAACAGCAGCAACAACAACAACAACAGGGAUCACAGCAGGCAGCACAGCAGGUCAGAGGUCAGGGGUCACAGCAGGGCGGAGCCAGGAGAAGAGAGAAGGACUCGGACUGUGUCGUCCUAUAGACUCUUCCUCAUCUUCAUCUACGACUAACCACCAAACUCCCGAGUCUGUCUGCAUCAGACACACACACACACACACACACACACACACACACACACACACACACACACACACACACACACAGCUCGAUGCCAAACCCCAGUGCUUCAACGCUGGUUUCAGAUGUGAUUCCAGGUUUUGUUUGUAAAAACCGUCUGAACUGCAGGCGCAGUCUGGUGGAUGAGUUGUAACUAACAGCUUUAUUAAUGAUUUAUUAACGAUGUAUUCAUGCUUAACUAAUCAAUAACAACGUUUCUAUCCAGGUUGUGAGUUUAGAGCUGAAACGAGUAUAGGAAAUAAUAAAUACCACAAAUUCUGUGUUUGGAGCUUCCGUACAAACUCGUAAUCGUCACGUUAAUAAGUCAUUAAUAAGAUAUGAGCUCACUUUCUACGUCAUCUGCAGUUAUACAUAUUAAUAAGUAUGUGUUAUACCUGAUCUAUAAACGUUAUAACACAAUACUAACGAAGGACGAAUGUGUUAUACCUGAUCUAUAAACGUUAUAACACAAUACUAACGAAGGACGAAUGUGUUAUACCUGUUCUAUAAACGGUUAUAACACAAUACUAACGAAGGAUGUAUGUGUUAUACCUGAUCUAUAAACGUUAUAACACAAUACUAACGAAGGACGAAUGUGUUAUACCUGUUCUAUAAACGUUAUAACACAAUCCUGACGCUGUUAUUACAACGUAUUAAAGGGAAACCUCUUCUCUGGUGGGACACUUUUCACCAGUAGAGGUUACUGGUUCUGGAAAGGUCCCUCAGGUGAAAUGAAUCCCGUCCAAUGAGCCGCUUCACUGCAGGUGAACUUGAAAGUAGGAGGAGCCAACAGGUCAAACAAAUGUCCCGUCGGGCUUUUCCAGCAGGUUUAGUUUUACAAUGAAAAUGAGCUCUGAAGAAGUUUUUCAUGUUGUUCAACAAUUAAAAUGAUAAACUAGUUUAAUCUGAUGGGAUUUCAAGCUGUUGUGUUCAAAACAUGUGAUCAGACUGCUUAUUGAUUUGGUAAAUAAACAACAACAAUCUGAAUUAGUCUGUAAUUUGAUUUUAAUAAACAAGAACGUUCUUGAGACAGACAGUUAUUGUAGUUUUAGUCUUCAAGAUGAUGUAAUUACAUAUUAAUUAAAAGUGUUAAUUACUUUUUCACCUGUUUAUUAAACCUUUGCCUCAACGAAAACAAA